AUGCACACUGCACCACGGACGCUCGGCCUCGCUGUCGUCGCGAUCGUCGUCGCCGCGCCAGUGGUCGCUGGUUCGCUCUUCGUGGACCUUGCCGCCACCGUCAUUGGCCUCACUGCACUCCUCUGGCUUCGGGCCCUGCAAGCUGCGGUUGUCCGUGACCAGCACAUCAAGCUACUGCGCCCGACGUCGUCCGCACACUUGGCACCGCUGCGCAAGCACUCUCAAGGCGAGAGCCCACGAAGCCGCUGCCAUUCAGCAUCGAUGCUCAUCAAGAUGCCAUCGUCGUCGCCCACAAGCCGCGCCUGUCCCCGCUGCCACGCACUGCUGCCGGCGUCCGAUCAUGUGUGGUGGUCCAAGCGACGACUGCGCUGCGGUAGCUGCAAAGCGGCGUGGUGUCUCUCGUGCGCGGGGACCUAUCACUUUUUGCCGCGCUGCCAUCGACGCUCGGCAAGUCGUGUCUUUGCCAAGCCAAGCGUCUAG